AUGACUGCGCCAAUCAAGCUCGCAGUCUUCAACACCCAUCCCUACGACAAGAAGUUCCUCAGCGCAGCCCACGCAGCCCAUGAAUCCUCAUCCGCCAUCGAAGUAGUCUACCAUGACUUCCCCCUCUCCCAGGACACAGUAUCGCUGGUGACUCACGCUAAGGCCGUGUGCGUCUUUGUCAACGACGAUGUCUCAGCCCCUGUACUGGAGGCCCUCUACGAGGCCGGCGUGAGGGCGAUCCUGCUGCGCUGCGCGGGCUACAACAACGUCGACCUGGACAAGGCCAAGCAGCUGGGCAUGUUCGUCGCCAACGUGCCCAGCUACUCGCCCGAGGCCGUCGCCGAGUUCGCCCUCGCGCUGAUCCAGACCCUCAACCGCAACACCCACCGCGCCUACAACCGCGUCCGCGAGGGCAACUACAACCUUGACGGCCUCCUCGGUAGGACCCUGCACGGCAAGACGGUCGGCCUCGUGGGCACGGGCAAGAUCGGUGUCGCCCUGGCGCGGAUCCUCAAGGGCUUCGGCUGCACCCUUCUCGCGCACGACCCUUAUGAGAGCGACGCGUUCAAGGGGCUCGGGGAGUAUACUGAUCUCGACACGCUGUUGUCGUCGUCGGACAUUGUCAGCCUCCACUGCCCGCUCAUGCCGAGCACCCGCUACAUCAUCAACAAGGACUCCCUGGCCAAGAUGAAGAAAGGCGCCAUGCUCGUGAACACGAGCCGCGGCGCGCUCAUCGACACCAAGGCCGUCAUCAAGGCCCUCAAGGGCAAGCAGCUGGGCGGGCUGGCUCUGGACGUCUACGAGGGAGAGAGCAAGAUCUUCUACAAGGAUCAUUCCGGCUCUAUCAUCGACGAUGACGUGCUGUCGAGGCUGACCACCUUCCACAACGUCAUCGUCUGCGGGCACCAGGCUUUCUUCACCGAGGAGGCACUCACGGAGAUCGCUGAGGCUACGAUGAGGAACCUGGGGGAUUUCAUCGAGGGGAAGCAAUGCGUGAACACGCUCAUCAAGGAUCAGCCGCCGACGUCGGGCUUGUUUCCAGUCCGCACGAUAUGA